UUUUUAAUCUAUUUUUUAAUCGUGCCACUGCCACUACUCCAACUGCCGGGAAAAAGCUUCUGCAUGGGACGCAGACACCAGCCUCCGCGAUCAUCAAUCCUCAAUUUCCGAUGUCUCCAUUUUUUGCCGAGGCUCUGAAUGGAAGCAGACUAGUCGAGGGCAUUUCCAAUCCAUUCCUCAGCCAUCAAGGGAUGCCCACAUCAAUAUUCCACUCAAGAACGGCAGAUAAAAUCUCAAGGGUUUCGUCGGAUUUGGGGGACUUUGGUAUUUCCGAUUCCGCGAUCCAGGCUGCGCGUCAGAACUUCAGCGAGGAUUUGUGGGCAAAUGUCCCGGUGGCAAACGUCAAUGGUUUCGUGAUGCCGAUUGUGCCGCCUAUCGUACCGCCUAUUGCUCUAAAAAUAAGUUCCUCCAUUCAAUCUCAAACACGAAGCCUCUCCAGCGAUGCAGAAUCGCUGCCGGUCAUGUGCGGUGAAUACAACUUGGUGCCUGAGUCGUCACUGCGGCUUGCUUCACCGUACUUCCCUGCCAACUACCCUGACAACUUCUCGUGUCGCUGGUCCAUCACGGCGGUGGCAGGGGAGAAGGUUGGGGUGAGGUGCCACCAGUUCAGCCUCGGCCGGGGUGACUACCUCGCUUUGGGGGUGGAAGGCGACCCUGCUUCCCUCAACAGGUACACUGCCACCAACAACCUGACGCUCAAUAUCCUGCCGUCCAACGAAGUCUUCGUAUCGUUCUUCAGCGACGGCGACACGCCAAGUCAAGGCUUUUCUUGCACCGUAUCCUCCAUUGGAGUAGAGGAAGUGACAGGAACACUGAGCUUGCAAAGCCCCACCCAGUCAGUGACAGCAACCAACACUUCCGUGACUGCGACGCUGUCACACCCGGAGUGUGGGCUUGUCAACAGGGUGGCUGGGUCCACAUCUGAUAAAAUAACUGGACGAGUUGCGGAUCAAACAUCAAGAUGGAAACUCGUCCAGGAAAUAAAUGCGGGAAAAACAUUUGAAAGAAUAGUCAACGGGCAAGAAACUGAGGCACAUGAGUAUCCGUGGCAAGUGUACCUCAGAAUCGUCUGGCAAACUGGGGCCGUGAGUGGGUGUGGCGGUAGCGUUAUUUCUGAGCGCUGGGUGCUCACUGCUGCUCACUGCGUCAUGAAGAACGGAGAUACGAGCAUCCCUCGGGUAGUUGUCUACGCGGGUGUGUACAACCUGGCCAACACACUGGACGCUAGCCGGGUGGUCAUGGAGGCGUCGAACGUCAUCAUUUACCCCACACUGUCUUUCAGUUAUGACCUGGCGCUCAUACAACUGCCACGGCCACUUACCUUCACGACAAACUUGCGGCCAAUUUGCCUGCCUCGAGCUGAGAUGCAGAACUGGAACAUGACAAGACAGCCUCUCGUUGUCGUUGGCUGGGGUCUCACUGAAACAGGCGUCCAACCGACAACUCCGCGCGAGUUGAUGCAGGAAGGAAUGGACUGGCAGAGCUGCCAGCGCGUGUACGGACAGUACGUCACCGAGCAUCACUUCUGCACCACUACUAAUUAUGGCGGCCACAUCUGCCUUGUGGGGUGACUCCGGAGGUCCCACGAUGCUGUUG